UUACUCUGUGCCCUGGUUUCCUUCUUCUGUCAGCUGGUCGAGCUACGACAACAAUAACUGUCAGGACGACAGUUUUGGUGGAGUUGGUCUGAGGACGGAAAGCUCUGCUCGUCAGAUGAUCAGGAGUCUGCAGAGCCUGGAUGGAGGAUUUCAGGCGGAUAUACCUCCGUCUGUGUAAGGAGGGAGGCGUGGAGCCUCAGGAGGGUGUUGUAGCUCAGCUCCAGGAGAGCAGGUCUGCUCAGGGCUCCAGACUGGACCUGAGUGGACAGAGCCUGUCUGCAGAUACCUGCUCAGUGCUGGCUAAGGCCUUCCAUAAGGAUACUGUCUUUACUGAGGUGUCACUCAGUGACUGCAUGCUCAGCGAGGAGGGUGCCAGAGUGCUCCUCAGUGGACUGCUUGACAACACGACUGUCAAAGUCCUGGAUCUGAAGGGGAAUAACCUGAGAUCAUCAGGAGCUGAGGUGCUGGGACAGUUGUUGGCACAAAACAAGACGCUGCGCAGGCUGGUGCUGGAGUGGAAUGCGUUGGGCGUGUGGGACGAAGCUUUCUCGCUCUUCUGCAGCGGUUUAGUUUCCAACUGCGCGCUGACGCAGCUGGACCUGCGCAACAAUCAAAUCAACCACCAUGGAGCGUCGGCGCUCGCUCUGGCACUCAAACGCAACAGCACACUGGAAGUUCUAGAUCUGAGGUGGAACAAUAUUGGUCUGCUGGGAGGCAGGUCCAUGCUGGAGGCACUUCAGAACAACAAGAGCAUAGUGCAGCUGGAGAUGGCUGGGAACAACAUUCCCAGUGACACGCUGAAAGCUCUCGAGCAGGCCACAGGGCACAACUCAGACAGGCGGUCCACCCUGAGGGAGAGUCGCAGCCGCACACAGGUCCUCAGCAAGGAGAUUCAAACACUGAAGGAGGAGAAGGGCCGGCAGUUCCUGAGCCUGAUGGAGACCAUAGACAGGCAGAGGGACGAGAUGGGGCGCUCCAGUAGGUCAACCUCCAGUCAGAUCGGCCAACUCCAGGAAGCUCUGAACGAGAGAAAGUCCGCUGUCAACUCUCUCACCGCAAAGCUGCAGAUGACAGAAGCUGCCCUCGCACUCUCUGAGCAGAAAAACCAAAACAUGGGAGAGCUGCUGUCUCGACUGAAAGCUGAGAAAGAAGAACAGAGGGAACAACACAGCAAAGCGAGGAAGAAAGAGCACGAGGUACAGAGUGAUGGCAGCUUUACCUUUAAAUGUUUCCCUGUAAUCUGGGAGCAUUUCUACAGAAUGAAUGACAGUGAAGUGGAACUCUUAAUCCUACACCCAGAGUGGGAGUUAACGAAUCACCCCGAAUGUGUUUCUCAUGAUAAUCUGUCGUCUCAUCUGUUCCAGGAACUGAGUAAAGCUAAAGCAGCGUUUGUGGCAGAAAGGGCCCAGGCAGAGGAGGAGCUGGGAAGAGUGCGAGCCCAAGUGCGUUUGGAAGAGCAGGAGCACGCGUCGUCCUUGGAGGAGAAGCUGCGCUCGGUGCGUUCAUCCCUGCAGGAGGUCCAGCUGCACUGUUCCCAGCAGAAACAGACCAUCUCUGAGCUGCAGGCCAAGAACAGCCAGCAGAGCAUCGAGAUGGACGGACUACGACGCAGGAUAGAGGAGCUGCAGCAGGAGCUGUGCUGCAAAGACCAGGAGAAGGUGGCUGAGGUGAGCCGGGUGAGGGUGGAGCUGCAGGAGCAGAUUGGACAUCUCCAGGCAGAGAGGACGGCACAGGGAGCACUUAAAGAAAAGAUCAGCGCUCUGGAAAGAGAGCUUAAAGUGCUGAGUAGUAACCACAGGGAGGCUCUUCUGGACAAAGAGAGCGAGAUGUCUUCCAUGUUGGAGAAGCUGCGGCUGAAGGAGGCAGAGAUCCAUAGGAUUAGGGAGGAUGAGGCCAACAGAGCCAGCUAUUUGCAGAGUGCCGUCCUCUCGUACAUUCACGGUUCUCCUCUGGGACACCACAGCAGCCUCCAGAAAUGAGCCAGCAGGGCCUCUCUCAGGGCUCCCGCACUGGGCAGGACCAGGCAUAGCUCCACAGAGCUGAAGAAUAUUCUGACGUGGACGAUCAGUGCUCAGCAAAUAAUAACCAUACCUAACAUAAUGUUAAAAAUGACAAAUCUCAUCAGGACGUGCUCAGUUCAAUGGUGUGCUACUUUCUUUUUUUAUUGCUACUUUUAAUAAAUACACAGCGCACUUUAAGUGCCAACACUUUC